AUGACGUUGUAUCGACUCCGGCAGCUCCCCAGUGCUGGUGCUCCUCCUUCAGACUGCAGGUGAUAGUGACCGGGAGCGUGGUGCUGCUGCAACUCAACAUGGCUUUCUACAGUUAUGUCACUCAGGAGCAGCUCUCCGGCUUUGAUAAAUAUAAAUACAGCGCGGUGGACACCAACCCGCUCUCCAUCUACAUCAUGCACCCCUUCUGGAACUCCAUGGUGAAGAUCUUACCCACAUGGCUGGCCCCUAACCUCAUCACUUUCACUGGGUUCAUGUUCCUAGUGCUCAACUUUGCAAUCUUAUCCUUCUACGACUAUGACUUCUACGCAUCAGCCGAGGGUCAUGCACACGUGCCAAGUUGGGUUUGGAUAGCUGCAGGCCUCUUUAACUUUCUGGCAUACACACUAGACGGAGUCGAUGGGAAGCAGGCUCGCAGGACGAACUCGAGCACUCCCCUGGGCGAGCUGUUUGACCACGGCCUGGACAGCUGGGCGUGUGUGUUCUUCGUCAGCUCCAUGUACUCCGUGUUCGGGCGCGGCACAAGCGGAGUCAGCGUGCUCACGCUGUACGGCCUGCUCUGGGUCGUCCUUUUCUCUUUCAUCCUCUCACACUGGGAGAAAUAUAACACCGGCGUGCUCUUCCUGCCCUGGGGCUACGACAUCAGCCAAGUGACAAUCUCUAUCGUGUACAUCAUCACAGCCCUGGUCGGAGUGGAGACGUGGUACCAGCCACUAAUGUGGAACAUUCUGUACAGAGACCUCUUCAUCGUCAUGAUCCUGGGUUGCUUGUUUGCUGUAACGUUACCAAUGAGCCUGUACAAUGUUUGGAAGGCAUAUCGCAGUAACACGCUGAAGCACAGCUCUGUGUACGAGGCCUUCUUGCCCUUCUUCUCGCCCCUGCUCAUCGCCAUCCUCGCCACACUGUGGGUCGUCUUGUCUCCCAGCAACAUCCUGGAGCUGCAGCCCAGAAUCUUUUACAUGAUGGUGGGGACGGCCUUCGCCAACGUCACUUGCAAGCUGAUCGUGUGUCAGAUGACUAACACACGCUGCCAGCCUCUGAGUUGGCUGUUGGUGCCGAUGGCGUUGGUGGUGUUGCUGGUGAUCUCAGGCGUGUUGCAGCAGAGUGAGACGGUGGUGUUGUACGUGUGGACGGCUGUAGUCGUCCUCACACACAUACACUACGGGGUUUCAGUGGUGGAACAGCUAAGCGCUCACUUUAAGAUCUGCGCCUUCUCGCUGAAGAAGCCCAGCUCGGAUUGACAUGACGAGGAGAAGGUCGGCCUGACGGCGGCGGAGGUCUAAGUCACGCAAUCUGCGUCCUCCUUGACUCCGUCCGCACUGAACCCCAUCACCGCCGAGACGCACCUCGAAACCAGAAAACCAAACGCUGCUGACUGAACACGCCUUCUACUUCUCAAGCAGGAACGUAGCAAUGCGAAACACGCAUCUCGACCUCGUCACCUGUGGAACUGCGUGACGGGAUUGGCCGAGGCCCUUCGGCUUCUCCGGCGUCCGCUGAGCAGAUUCACUUGUUUCCUACGGAAAUGCACUUUCAGCCGAGAUUCUAGGGGGAAUGAUCUCACACAUACAUCCGUGAUUUUAAAGUUGACCCCCAACACCAAUACCCCCCACACACAUAUACAUACAUACACACACACACACACACACACAAAUGCACACACAUGCACGCACCACAUGUUAACAUGUAACACAUUAAUGAAUGUUUUGUACAUUUUUGCCUUGGGCCAUUUUAUUUGGAUUUAUUUAGGGCAAUUUUUAGGUCUCAAACUGUAAAAAAACAAAAAAAAAGACUUUCUAAUUUAUGGCAUUACAGGAUUACAUGGUGUAGAAAAAGUGGACAGAUGAAAGUAAUGGACUGAUUUUUUGGGACGGGAAAUCUGAAUUAGAUUUGUUCUUUCUUUGUGCUUUUAUCGGACCUCUAUAAAGAAAAAUGUCUUGCAUCAGGCUGCGCCCCAGCUGUAACAAACCACUCAUGGACCUGAUCUACUUCAGAUCAACACGUGGUUUUAUCGGGCCUGACCUUUGUCUACCGAACCGUAGCUGCUUCUUCUUUUCUUUUUUUUUUUUUUAAAACAUUGGUGAUGGUGUGUCAGUCUGCCGAGCUUUUAUUUAUUAUCUUUUAUUUUACUAGUGAGCUUUUAUUGUGUUUAUUUGUGCUCAAAUGAAGAGUGUGCUUCAAAGCCUGUCCAGGAGAGGGCGCACUCUGAGUGGGCGAGUGGCACCUCGCUCCGUUCUAUAAACGCAAUAAAAGCGCUAGUUCCCUCUCUCUUUUCUUUUCUUGCUUCCCCAUUCUUCUGGUCAUUUUUUUAAAUAAAUAUUAUUUAUAAUUUGACAUUUACAUUGUCAGUAUUUGCGUACUGAUGUGAGUGAUAGAGGAAGGAAGUCUCCAUGGUUUUAUUAGGGUUCGUCUGUUAAGCCCAUUCGUUCGUUUUCUGAUGUUUUAUCACCAGUUACCAUUUUACACAUUAUAAUUUUCUCUAUUUUUUUUUAAGCGAUCACAUGACACCUCUGAGACCCUCCAGGUGGACGUGAACGUGAAAUCGUCGCCCACCGGAGCGCAAAUAUGCACAAGCACAACCGGACUACUGCAGAGCGUCUCUUUCUCUCCAAACACGACUCGAAACACUCAAUUAAUUAUAGAGAGAUUUAUCAUUCAGUAUUUAAUCUUUUUGUGUGUGUGUGCGAGGUCAGUACCUAGCAUAUAUCAGAUUACUUAUUUUUUAUUUACAUUUUUUACUUACGUGUACGUGAAAUCUAUUAUUAUUAUUAUUAUUAUUAUUAUUAUUAUUCACAUAAUAGUGAAUCUUUUUUAAUACGGUGCUCUGAUGUCAGGUUCCCGAAAGUGCUGCAAUGCGUUUAUAGGAGAACUCUAGCAUUUUUACUUUAAAAAGCUUAUUAUAUAUCUACAGAUAUGUGGUGUGCGUGUGAUUUUUACCCCAGAACACGUUUUAUUCUCUGUACUCCAGAGCGAAUAGAAAAAUCUAAUGCAGAUGUGAGCAGAUGUUGAGUUUAUUGGAAAAAAAAUUACAAAAAAAAGAAUAGUCGAAUGGCCUAAAUUUUACUCAAGAGGUUUUGUGUUUGCAAAAAAAUGCUGAUGUGAUUACAGUUGUGUAAUUGACCAUAUAUUUAUAUCUAUUUUAUUUGAAUUGGUGUUAACUAUAUUUCAAUUAGGAAGAAAUGCCCCAAAAGUCGACUCAGUUUUUCCCCUCAAGCAGCUAUUAACCCACUCCAACAUCUUCCCUUUAAUUAUUAUUUUUUAAUCCAUAGUAAUCACUCGUCCAUUACAGAUUUGUUUGAGUAGAAAAUCUCUCAGUACUCCUUUAAUGGAUCUGCUACUUGUUAGCCGGGUUUGAUGGCUCUGUAAUACUGUGUACGUUUCAGGAUCAUCCCCUAAAAAUGUGACCUUUUUCUGCAUCUGGGAGCACCGGAGAUCAUCUCCAUCUUUUUUUUUUCCUCUCUUUUUUUUCCUUGCUAAAAAUACUUGAUGUGUUCUAUCUGUGUGUUUGUAAUUACAUAAUCAGAUUGUAUUUUUUAUGAAUUUAAUCAAAAUGCUCACUCUGAACCACUAAACACUCAGUGUGAUGAAAUGCAUAUGUACUGUAUUGCGCCCUGAAUAUUGCAAAACCCUAUUAAAUGAAAGCAGAUCGUCAAACACGGUUGUGACAUUA